AUGCUGGCUUACACUCAACAACAAUUAUCAAUCUUACCGGAACUAGACGAGCUGAAUCACUCUAGUUCUUCUUUACAUAAAUCUGGAUCUAAAUCACGAAUAGACAAAGAAAGCUCCCUAAAGAAAUAUCAAGAAAACAACAAAGCCGAUGAUCUAGAGGGUUUUGACAGCAUACAGGAGUUAUCAUUCUCAAAGUUUUCUAAUAUAUCAGGUGGAUCUGUUUUUAUUAAGGAUAAUGUACAACAAGCCAACUCACAAGAAUUUGAAUCGCCAUUUGUGAAAAAACUACAACAAGAUUUGAAUGUCAAAAUUGACAGAGACACUACUAAACCGUAUUACCCAACUGUCUAUCCCAUACUUGAAUAUCAAAACAAUGACGAGAAUAGUAAUUCCCCAUUUAUAGAUUAUGGUAAAUCCAAGAUUCUAAUUAACAACAACAAGCUCCGUAAACAACAGCAAGAAGCUGAAUCACAACAGGAACAAGACAACCACCACAAUGCGGAAUUUAACAACCAAAAGCGCGCCAUUAACAAGAUCCAGUCUACUCCAAAACACCAACGUACAUCAUCUGUUAAAGUUUCCUUGACACCAGCACAGAGAUUUGAAAAGCGAAGCAACACACGUCUGUGUAAUGCUCUUGAAAAUUUUGAAUUUAUAACAUUGGUCGGGAAUGGUGCAUUUGCUAGCGUUUAUAAAGCUAUCAACAGAACUACUAAUCAAGUGGUUGCCAUUAAACAAAUUCGAAUAGAAAAGGAUCAGGAUGUCAGGGCACUUAUGGGAGAGAUUGAUUUAUUGAAAAUUUUGAAACACCCAAAUAUUGUCAAGUAUCAUGGUUUUGUGAAAACUUCUAUUUCUUUAAACGUGAUCCUUGAGUAUUGUGAAGGAGGGUCUUUGAGACAAUUGUAUAAAAAGUUAAAGAAGGGGCUACCGGAGACUCAAAUUAUAAAUUAUGUGGGUCAAAUCUUGCAUGGACUCGCUUACUUGCAUGAACAAGGGGUAGUACACAGGGACGUCAAGGCGGCAAACGUUUUGUUGACAGAUAAGGGUGAUGUCAAAUUAGCUGAUUUUGGAGUGGCAACAAAAGUAAACUCCCAGCAUUUCACUGUUGUCGGAACACCCAAUUGGAUGGCACCGGAGACUGUGCUUGGUGGUGAAGGUAUAUGUACUGCUUCUGAUAUCUGGUCGUUGGGAGCCACGAUAAUUGAAUUGUUUACUACAAACCCUCCGUAUCAUGAUCUAAAUCCUAUGGCAACGUUACAUGCAAUUGGAACAGAUGAACACCCACCUUUGCCAAAGAGUAUUUCUUCUUUAGCAAGGGAUUUUCUUUUGGAAUGCUUUCAAAAGCAACCUAAUCUUAGAAUAAGUGCAAAGCUCCUUUUAAAACAUAAAUGGUUAAACCAUCGUGCUACUGGUAAAACAUCAAUGUCUGUUUUGUUAAAGCAACCAAGCCGGGAUUUCAGAUCUAUUAAAAACUAUUCUGAAACAAAUGACGAAAACUGGGAUACUGAUUUUGUCGAAGCUCAAUUUUCCAAUUUAAAAAGUGUUAAACCAUCUGUAAUAGAAUUACAAAUAGAAAAUGAACCAUCUGAUUACAAGCGCACCGAGUAUUCUAAGAAGGAGUUGUUGACAAAAUUCAGUGAACGAGAUGAUGAAACUUUCCAGAAUACCGAUGUGAGUACCAUCCAAGUAAUGAAAUCCAAUGCAGAUGCAAUUUCCGGAGAUUUAGAAGAAUCAGAUCCUUUCUUGGAUAUAGAAAUUGAAAAUUUUGAUACAAAUGAGUUGGAGGUGCAAAGUAAAAUGGAAUAUUUGGUUGCAAGACUAGGGCGUAAAUUAGAGGCAGUUCAUUUAUCAGGAGAUGAGGUGGUUCCCGCUUUAAUAAAGGUAACAGGAAGAAUGUUGCACCUCAUUAAGAAAUACCCAGUUCUGCAUGAUGCAUUGAUUAGAGAUCAUGGUAUUUUGUCCUUGUUGGAAUUAUUGGAAAAUGCAUCUGAAAUAAAGGGCCAACAACAACUAUGGUAUCAUUGCCUUUCAAUUCUAAACUAUCUCUUUGAGAGGAACCUUGGGACCUUGGAAAAUUUUUGCUUUCUUGGUGGUAUUCCAACUGUAUCCAAUUUCAGGAAUAACAUUUAUGAAAUACAAGUUAGAUUACAAGUUGCAAGAUUUAUUGGUAUCUUGAAUCUGUCAGAUAAAGCUUUGUCUAUGUUUGUAUCAUGUGGUGGACUUAGUUUAGUUAGCAUGUUUGUGGAAGAAGAUUUUGAUGUCACUCCUGCAUUCCAAUUGGUAGGUAUAGAAUCAGUUCACAAUAUUUUGGUUAAAGAUUUAAGUAGAUCUAAGUCAGAUUUAUGUCGAAUAUUAGCCAAGCAUGGUAUACUGUUUUGGUUGGUUGACUUACUAGCACGCUUGUUGACUAGUAAUGGUGCUAGAAAUUUAACUUCAGUCCAGAUUGAUUCAACAGUUGGGAAUAUUGUUGACAUUAUAAAGUAUUUUGGUCAAUCAGAGACACGAGUCAGAGUAGCUAUUGGAUCAGUUGAUUUUUUUAAAGCAAUUUUUGCUUCAUUUGAUUAUUUGAAAUUUGCUGACCAAUUAACAGUUUUGAAGUUUGUAAAGUCGAUGUCUUGUAUCUCCGAUCUUUUAAAAAAUCUUUAUCAUGCAGAAGCUUUGGAGUUUUUGGUAAAACUAUUAGAAAUUUAUGUUCCGUCAAAAUCCAAUUACAAAGAGGUAAUUAACGUGGUAGCACAGAUCAUAUAUAAUAUGUUGGCUUUGAACCAUUCUCGUGAAUCUGAAUUUGUGAGAUUGGGUGGUUUGCCAUAUUUGAAAAACUUGUCAAUUAUCAACUUGCCAUUCAGACAGUUUAUAUUGCCAAUCAUCUGUGAAUUUGUACAUUGUGAUAAUCAUGUUCGACGUGAAUUGAAGAAGCACGGAAUGCUCACUGUUUAUUUUAAUUUAUUAUUGGAUCCAUACUGGCAAUCCAACUCUUUGGAUUCUAUUUACUAUUGGUAUAAAUUAGAUUCAGACUAUGUCCAAUUAGAAUCCCCUAUUGCAGUGGAUUGUUUGAUUGGAGGAUUUUUAUUGACAAAAGUGUCUAACUUAGAAAGCACAUUGGAAAUUUACGUGAAAUUAUUGACAUCCAGUGUUGUAUUGACAAAGAAGAUGCUAAACAUGCCUAUAGUAAAUAGCAUUCUAGUGAAAUUAGUUGUCCAUGACAGCAAAAAUCCUGUGAUACAAUUGCUGUAUUUGAAAGUUUUGCGAUGUUUGAUUGCUGAUCUUGAUGAUUCAGAGAAUAAGUUGAAGUUUGCAAAUCCAAUAAGAACCUGUUUGGAAUCCUUGAAGCUGAGAAAAAGUUCUUUGUUGAUCGAAGAAGUUGCUAUAGAGCUUCUAGAAUUACUAGAAUAA